AUGGCGGCUGAAGUGCGGGAUACCAAGGUCUUCCACGCCAAAUUCUUCGGUGGAAAGGCUGAGAAGUUCAAGCAGGCGCAGGCACAGCGCAACGUGCAGAAGUACAAGAAGGUGCAUAAGACUGCCAAAGCCGAGGCUGACGCCACCUCCGUGCUCCUGCCGAACCAGGCCGGGUUCCUGCAGGUUGGGGAGGAUGAGAAGACCUACAACGUAUCGCAAGCCCAAAUACUCGACGCGGUUGACGUCGGCACCCGGCGUAAGUCGUUUUCACUGCAGCUGCAGCACGGCCCCUACCGCUGCGACUACACCCGUGACGGCCGUUACAUGCUCCUCGGAGGCGAAAAGGGGCAGCUGGCGCUGUUCGACGCCAUCGACAUGAAGCCGUGCUUCGACAUCUCCGUGAAGCAGACGAUCCGCGACAUCCAGCUGCUCGACAACCACGAGCUGCUGGCCGUCGCGCAGAAGAAGUACGUGCACGUGUACGACAACAACGGCGUGGAGGUGUACUGCCUGCGCGACCUCGGGCUGACGUACCAGCUGGAGUACAUGGCGCCCUUCUGGCUGAUGGCCGCCAUCGGCGAGUUCGGCGAGCUGAGCUGGCAGGACAUCACGAGCGGCGAGGUGGUCGCGCGGUACAAGACGCGCAAGGGGCCGUGCAAGGUGAUGCGGCACAACAAGGACAACGGCGUGAUCCACCUUGGACACACGUCGGGCGUGGUCACCCUGUGGACGCCCAACGAGGGCCGCCCCGGAGUUGAGAUGCUCGCCCACAAGGGCCCCGUGGUCUCCAUGGCCGUGCACAACCACUACAUGGCCACGUCGGGGUUCGACGGGUUCUGGAACGUGUGGGACCUCCGCAACUACAGCAAGGCCGUUAGCCGACAGUUCACCGGCCGCACCCCCCCGGAGGCGAUGGCGGUGAGCCAGACCGGAAUCCUGGCCAUGGCCAUAGGCGGCCGAGUGGAGUACUACCGCGACGCAUUCUCGCGCGUCGGCGGCGCUGAAUCCAGCCUGUACCUGAAGCACCAGUUCCCAGCCGAGUCGGCACGGGACAUCAAGUUCCAGCCGUUCGAAGAUGUGUGCGCCGUCGGCACCACCACCGGAGUGUCCACGCUGCUGGUGCCGGGCGCCGGCAUCGCAAACUUCGACGCGUUCGCGCCGAACCCGUACGAGCCGAGCUCGAAGAAACAGGUGCAGCGCAUGCUCGACAAGAUCCCGUACGACACCAUCACGGUCAAGAACGUGGAGAUCGGCGCGUACAACCGCGACUACACUGCCGCUGAAAGUGAGGAGGGUGCUUCCGCCCCCGCGGCAACCGUGGACAGCGGCGGCGAGAUCCUGAAGAACACGCGCAAGAAGAGGCGAUCGAUGAAGGCCAAAACGGCGUCUAAGGUAGGCAGCAUAGGUGCUAGUGAUAACAGUCAUCAGGUUGCGGCGUACGAGCGCACCUUCCAGCGACGCCAGCAGGCCGCCCGGGACCGGCUGCGCAACCUGCGGAAGCAGAAGGUGGCCGGGCAGGAGGCGAAGCAGCACAUUAUAGAUGCCAUGACCUUCGAGGAUUCCACUGGCGAGCGCCGCGUGCGCGGCUCUGUGCGCGGUGCGGCGCUGUCGCGUUUCGCCAAGAAGCAGUGA